AUGCCUUCACCGGAGCGUGGUUCUGAGCCCGAGGGAAGCUCCGACUCCGCCACCGCCGCGUCCGCGUGGCGGCCAUUGGUGCCAGCGGACGAGUCGACUGAAGCGCAAGCACCGAUUGUCGAUAUCGACGACGACGUCGACUCGGCCUUCGAGGACGGCGACAACUUCUCCGACACCACCUCGGUCUCCUCGUCGAUAUACAGAGGCCGCGUCAUAAAUGGCCGCAAGUACUCCUCGCUACGGGACGACUACUGGGGCCCGUCGGACGAACAACAAUACGAGACCCUAAACGCCGGCCAUUUGCUGUACCUGGUCCUGGACGCCAACCAGCCGAAUCCCUUGUUUCGAUCUCCGGUCACGGAGCCGCACAAUGUCCUCGACAUCGGCACCGGGCCCGGCACAUGGGCCAUCGACGUGGCCGAUCAAUUCCCCGCGGCACAGGUGUAUGGGGUCGACCUCUCCCCGCCGCCGUCAUCGUGGGUCCCGCCCAACUGUUUUCUGCAAGUCGACGACGUCCUGGAGGAGUGGACGUGGCGGGAGAAAUUCGACCUCAUCCACAUGCGGCUGAUGCUCGGCGCCUUCACCGACAAGGAAUGGGAGGUCGUGUACCAGAAGUGCUUCGACAAUUUGAAACCGGGCGGCUACAUCGAGGAAGUCGAGCUCGACGUCCGGGUAAUGUCGGACGACGGCUCGCUCGACCCGAAAUCCCUUUUGGCGGGGUGGGGACAGAACUUUCUCGAUUGCGCCCAGCGGGCUGGUCGGCCGCUGGACACGCAGUUGACCAUGAAGGCCAAGAUCGAGGCCGCGGGCUUCGUCGACGUCCAGGAACAUUUGUAUAAGUGCCCGAUCGGCGCGUGGCCCAAGGACCCCCUGCUCAAGGACGCCGGGAGGAUCAAUCUGGCCCAUUGGAGCUCCGGCCUCGACGGGUGGGCCAUGUACUUGUUGACGAGAUGGGGCGCGCCCGAGCCCUGGACCGCCGACGAAGCCAGAGUAUACGUUGCGCGAGUGAGGGAAGAACUCAAGAGGCCUCGGCUGCACAUAUGGCAUUACACGUAA